AUGGCUCAGCGCUACAUGUGCCCGUCCAUGGCCGCGCUACGGCGCUCGCUGAUGGCAGAAUUGCCCGUCUGUUUCUCAUCGAGAGCGCUCCACAGCUCCGCGCGCAGGCUGGAGGAGGAGCAGGGCAAGCCAAGUAAUAGUGGUGGCAGUGACAAUGCUGCAGCGCCCACGACGCCCGCUCCCACCACACGCAAAGACCGCGCCGAACUCGCCCUCCGCCAAAUCACCAACCUCCAAAACCGCCGUGCGGUUACCCACGCCCGCGGUCUCGUCCGAGGCAGCUUUCCCAGCGGUCAGCACAUAGCCAAACGAACAGCCCGUCCCGAAGUCGACGAAUUGGGCUUCCUCCCAGAAGACGGCGCCUCAAGCACUCAAGGCAGCAAUGGCGGCCCUCUUCGAAUUACCCGCACUGUAUCUGAUCCAGCAGCCAACGCCACUGCUCCUCGCACUGCUGCACCCCCCGGCGGUCGAAUGGUCCGCGCCCCCUCUCAACUCCGCAUAACCCGCAAUGCCGGGCGCACAGCUCCAGGCGAUGCUCCUCGAGGCCCCAAUCUUCGUGGACGCGAUGGCGGUGCACCCAAGGGCCGCAGCAAAGGCGGCGACAACGCCCCCAAGCAGCGCGAGAGGAAAGCUGGUGGAGGCGAUAGACCGCCCGGCACGACCGUGGCCGAAGUCAAUCCCGCUACCACGCUCUCAGACGGCAUGGUGCACCACUUGCUGCGGUUGCAGAGAAAGGAGUGGGAUCGUGUGCAGUAUGAGCCCAAGUAUGCGAAGGGCAGCUUUACGGCAAAUGAGCUGAUACACAUGGGAAGAGAGCUGUUCAGGGGGGAGAGCCCCCCAGUCAAUAUUUUUGGGCCCUUGGAGAAGGCCAUUGGUGUUGUGGGCAUGCAUGGAGCCGAGGCUACCUUGCAGAUAAGGAGGGUCAAGGACGGUGAUGCGGAGCCUUUUGGUCAGGAGCGGCCCGACGAAGAAGUGGCGACGUCUGCUAAGGAGGCAAGUCAGACACCCGAGGUCGCUGCUGUGAAAUGA